AUGUCAAAUUCUGAUCGAUACGGCUUUAUCGGCCUUGGAGUAAUGGGUCACCACAUGGCCACCAACCUUCAAAUUUAUGUAACCUCCCAAAACCUUGCGCCAUUAAUCGUCUAUAAUCGUACAUUUUCAAAGACUCAAGAUUUAACCGAAAUUGGUGCAAUUGCAGCAAAAAGUUUGAAAGAAGUCGUGGAAUAUGCCAAUAUCAUUUUCACCUCACUCGCCAAUGAUGACUCUGUUAAUCAAAUUUAUGAGACAUUGUUAAAGGAACAUGAUCAGAUUACUGACGAUAAUAAGAAAAAGGUAAUUUUUGUGGAUACAAGUACGAUUUAUCCGACCACCAUCGCCGCGAUCCAAGAGAAACUUGAAAAUGUGGAGAAUAGAUAUCUGUUGUAUUGUCCUGUCGUGGGGCCACCCGUUAAUGCAAAAGCCGCGCGAUUGAUAAUUGUUACCUCUGGAAAUCAAGCUGCAAUAGACCACGUGAAUCAUCUAUUAGUACCCGUGUUAGGAAGAAAAACUAUUCAUGUUGGAAGCGAUGUAAGGAAAGCAGCAUCAUUUAAAUUGACAGUAAAUUUUUUCAUUGGAAACAUGUUGGAAGCAUUAUCCGAAGGAAUGACUUUGGCGGAAAAAAAUGGUAUCGAACGGGAGAAACUCUUAGAAAUCAUCAAUUUGCUUUUUCCUGAUAGUCCUUAUGGGAAUUAUGGGACAAAAAUUCUGAAAGAAAAUUUCAAGCAAGAUAUUGGAUUUAAUAUCGACAAUGCGUUAAAGGAUGUGAAUCAUAUCCGAAGACUAGCUAAGGAUUCGGAAACUCAUUUGCCGUCAGCGGAUUUACUUCACAAACAUUUGAGUUACGCGAAAGAACACUCACCAGAUGCAGAUCAAGACUGGAGUUGUGUUGUUGGUUCCUUGAGAGUUGGCAAGUGUAUUCCUAUUGUCCUUCAGGAUUACCAUUUACUAGUGGAAAAACAACAGAAGAAUAAUCGUUGGAGGACAUUCUUCGAGAUUAUAUUGCAAUAA